AGCGAUGUAGAAAUAUUGUUGUGAUGACCCGGCCUCACACCUCGUGACAUCCUUUGAUCCAACAUGGCGGCCCCAGAGUUCCUGCAGAAGAUCUUCAGUUACAUUGAUGACCACCAGGAGGAGUAUGUGAAGCGGCUGUCAGAUGUGGUGGCCAUCAAGAGUGUGUCGGCCUGGCCGGAGGUCAGGGGAGAGGUCAUCAGGAUGGUCAAGCACACAGCCAAGGAACUUGAAGCCCUGGGUGCUACAGUAGAGCUCUGUGAGCUCGGGAUGCAGAAACAUCCGGAUGGGUCUGAGAUCCCCCUGCCGCCUUGCAUUCUGGGAUACCUCGGUAAGGACCCCAAGAAGAAGACUGUUGCUGUGUAUGGACAUCUGGAUGUGCAGCCUGCCCAUAAGGAGGAUGGCUGGGAUACUGAACCAUUUGUUCUGACAGAGGUCGAUGGCAAAAUGUACGGCAGGGGCUCCACAGAUGACAAGGGUCCCGUACUCGGCUGGUUGAACUGUAUCGAGGCUUACCAGAAGAUCGGACAGGAAAUACCAGUCAAUCUCAAGUUCAUCUUCGAGGGGAUGGAGGAGUCAGGGUCGGAGGGGCUGGAUGAUCUUCUGAUCUCUAAGAAAGACACCUUCCUGAAGGAUGUCGACUAUGUGUGCAUCUCUGACAACUACUGGCUGGGGAAGAACAAGCCCUGCAUCACAUAUGGACUCAGGGGGAUCUGUUACUUCUUCCUGGAGGUGCAGUGUGCUUCUAAGGACCUGCACUCUGGUGUGUUUGGUGGAUCUGUCCAUGAGGCCAUGACUGACCUGAUAGGUCUGAUGUCCAGUCUGGUGGACACAAAGGGAAACAUCAAGGUGCCAGGUAUCAACGAGAUGGUCGCCCCAGUAACAGACGAGGAGUUGGCGUCAUAUGACCCCAUCGACUUUGACUUGGAGACGUACAGGGCAGACCUGGGACACAAACGUCUCCUGCACGACACCAAGGCAAAGAUCCUCAUGCACCGCUGGAGGUUCCCCACCCUCUCCCUGCAUGGUAUCGAGGGUUCGUUUGACGGUGCUGGUGCCAAGACUGUGAUCCCACGGAAGGUGAUUGGGAAGUUCUCCCUGCGCCUGGUGCCUGACAUGCUGCCUGACCAGGUGGAGAAGUGUGUAGUGGACUACCUCAACAAACUGCACAAGGACAGCGGCAGCCCUAACCAGAUCAGUGUCACCAUGGGGCAUGGGGGUAAGCCGUGGGUGAGUGACUUCAACCAUCCUCACUACAUCGCUGGGCGCAAGGCAACCAAGACUGUUUGGGGCAUGGAGCCAGAUUUGACUCGGGAUGGAUGUAGUAUUCCAGUGACGUUGACAUUUGCGGACGUGACGGGGAAAAACGUGAUGCUUCUCCCAAUGGGUGCAUGCGAUGAUGGGGCUCAUUCCCAGAAUGAAAAGUUCAACAAGAAAAACUAUAUUAUGGGGACCAAACUGCUGGCUGCCUACCUCCACGAGGUGGCCCAGCUGGAGUGAGGACCAAAGACUGUCCUGGCCACAAAACAACAUUUCCACUACAACAGUCAAACACAACUGGGUGAACUACAACAGAAACAUGACCAAGCUGCUCUGCUUUCUUGAUCAAUGCCUUCUUUUGUUAAGAUGAACAGAUUAUUAAAAUUUCAUGUUCUGCAUAUGCAAGACUUAAUCGUUCAGUGUAAUAUAACCAGCUGCGUAUCUACAAAGCUGGUGUGUUACGCCGAACAACGGUUAUACCGGCCAUAUAGAUACAGAUACAGAUAGUACAUUAUAUAAUAUCAUAGACAUUGUAUAAUGUCCUUGAUAUCAAGAAUACUUUCUUUAAAGUGAUUCUUGUGUACAAGAAUAAGUCAUCUAUGAGGUAGUUUAUUAUGCUGCUUUCUAUUCUGUUUUUGUUAUUGAGUUUGGCAAUGCUCUGAAAGUUGAACCUUAUGAUGAUAGUUACAGUGAAUUUUCUGUAAAUUUUGUUGAAAUAUCAGAUCAGAAUAUUACAUUUAUUUAGCAAUAAAAUUCUACAAAUUUGUCAGAUAUUUCUUUUAACACAUAAAGGAUAUACAUUUUGGAUAUACAAUGUAUUACCUCAAAAUGGCAAUGUUGUCAAUAUUAGACCACAAGAAAGAUCUCUAUUGGACCAACUUUAAUAAUAUGCUGAUAGCUCAGCUGAAAGCAUGGACAAAAUGUUUUAAAAAACAGCACAGCUUGUCAUAUUUUCUGUCUGUCACACUGAAGAGGCAAAUUCUUUCUCAAUUUUCCUUUUAUUUCUUUUAUUUUGCAUAACAGUUGAAAGCAAAAUCACAUUCAAAGCUUUCCACUCAUCUCUCUCAUUAUCAGACCUUGAGCACCUCCAAGUUCACAUCUCCAAGAAUAUCCAAUUUGUUAAAUAACUCUUAUACAGCUGUGUUGCAAAAUGUGGGGAUGAAGCAAUUGUGUUAGAAUUAAGGAUGUCUAGGACUUAAAGAGGGGACUUAAUCAACAAGUGCCUUAAUGUAGCCCAAACCUGCUUUUACAUGUACAUGUAACUUGACUCAUAUCAUGGCUUGUCGUAAAAUAUGUCAAUCAAGCUAUAUAUGGCCCAUACAUUAAGAAUUUGAGGAUUGUGGAAAUUUACAGUUGGGAAUAAAAGCUUAAGCUUAGCUUCUCUUUGA